UCACGUAAUCUCGCGCCUGCGCAUAGGGCUUAGCUGCGGACAGGCAAGAUGGACGGUGAUACGCUAACUGGAGAUUUCUUGUUUGAACCGGUGGGCAAAGCUGAAGUGAAUCGGAUGAUAAAAGACAAUUGUCAUAUGUUCUCGGAUACACAUUGCAAAGUAUGCAGUGCAGUUCUGAUUUCUGAGUCACAAAAACUUGCACAUUAUCAGGGUAAAAAACAUGCCAAUAAGGUUCGGCGAUACAUAAGCAUCCACAAAGAUGAGGAGCCAUUGGUGAAAAGGGUAAAACUACAACCUGAGGAAACUAAAAGUAAUGGUGAAGUAGAUCGUUCUAAGGCUUGCCCCCUUUGCAAUAUGACUUUCUCUUCACCAGUAGUGGCAGAGUCUCACUACCAAGGCAAAGUUCACUCCAAAAACCUGAAGCUGAAUCAACAAGUGAUCUUGGCACAAGCCAAGCCCACUGCUGCUUCAAAGAAAAAGUCAUCAGCCACAGGCAUAGCUUCAGAAGAAGGUGCUAGCAAUGAUCCUGACAAGUUCUGCUCAAUAUGCCACACCAGGUUCAACAACCCACUUAUGGCAAAACAACAUUAUGUGGGCAAGAAGCACAAAAAGCAGAUCACCAAGGUCAAGCUCAUGGAACAUUAUGGACCAUCCACCACACUUGUCAAAGGGUACCAGUGUACACUGUGUAAGAUUGAGCUGAACUCCGUAGAGCAGUAUCAAGCACACAUCAGUGGAGCCAAGCACAAGAACCAGAUGAAAGGGAAAAAAGAUAAUACACCUUCAUCACCACAGAAAGAGUCAGACAACCUUCAAGAGUCAGACAACCUUCAAGAGCUACAAGAGCCUGAAAACCUGCAAGAAUCUGACAACGUACAAGAGCCCAAAAACCUACAAGAUUCUGACAACGUAAAAGACCCCAAAAACCUACAAGAUUCUGACAACGUAAAAGAGCCCGAAAAUCUAGAAGAUUCUGACAACGUAAAAGAGCCCGAAAACCUAGAAGAUUCUGACAACGUAAAAGAGCCCGAAAACCUAGAAGAUUCUGACAACGUACAAGAGCCCGAAAACCUAGAAGAUUCUGACAACGUACAAGAGCCCGAAAACCUAGAAGAGUCUGACGACCUACAAGAGCCCGAAAACCUAGAAGAGUCUGACGACCUACAAGAGCCCGAAAACCUAGAAGAGUCUGACGACCUACAAGAGCCCGAAAACCUAGAAGAGUCUGACGAUCUACAAGAGCCCGAAAACCUAGAAGAGUCUGACGAUCUACAAGAGCCCGAAAACCUAGAAGAGUCCGAAAAUCCCUGAUGUGGGAUCUGUUGAUAAUUUUUCAAGUUACAGUCAAGAUUAUGUGUGAAAACCUGCCCAAAGAACAUUAUUAACCUUAAACUCAUGAAGACAUCUCCUUGAAAGCAUUGUUAAAUAGAAUCAGACUCCUAAGUUAGAAAUGAGAAAUUCAGAUAAAGCUCAGUUCUCACAUUGUUUAUUACUAUUUUUGUCUUUUAAACUUCAGUUUACUUCUCGUGGAUGUUUUAAGUUCUUUGUCCUGCUUUAUGGUAAUUCUUGUUAACACUGGUUUCCUGGUACCGUUGCAGAUCUAUCUGUAAAUAAUUUCUGAAAAGAGCAGAACUACCUUUGUAUCUUGUAAUUUUCUUGUAAAAACUUACCUCCGGUUUGGUGUCAGAAUGUUUAUCCAAAUAUUUUAGUCUCUGUUUAGCUUUUAUAAGAACUUUAAGAUGCAUUUGAAAUCCUGGGAAUUUAGUUGUAAAUCUCCAUAGCAAAAAUUUUUUUUUAUUAGAACUGAGCUUCAUCUUUCCAAUUUUAUUGAGUAAUUUUAAAGUGAAUUGAAAUUUUUAAAGACUUAGAUUGCACUUUGCAAUAUUAAUUAUUUGAUUUGUUCAUCUGUUUAGAAAGAGGUUUCUUUUUCUGUUAUGACUUAUUAAGCGAUCAAGGACAGGGGCAUAAUUAACUUAGAGACGUGUACCUUUUGAAAAUUUCCCAAAAGUGUUUAAUUUCUUUUGUGUAGGAAGUAGCAUUUAAAGUUUGAAUGGUUGAUAGAAACGCAGCCAAAGUAGAACUGUUUUCCUUUUGCCCAUGAGGAGUAGUUUAGUUAUUUCCACAUGGCCCUUCUUAGUGAUAACCAGUUCUUCUUUUCCUUCUGCUUCACUAAUAGUAUUUUUUUAUUAUGGAUGACAGCAGCUUUCAGCUGUCUGUAGGCUGUGAAGUAGCAGUGUUUGCAGUUUCAUUUAUGACAGUAAAGUUGUUUCAUUGUUUUACACUUUCACCUCA